AUGGAACCUGCAUACGACCAACCGAUCACCGACAUCGCACGCUACAUUUUCCACUAUGAAAUCGACAAAGCAGACGAAAAAGUCUGGGCACGGGCGCGGUUGGCAUUACUCGAUACUCUAGGCUGUGCCAUUGAGACUGCGGCUACCAGCGACGAGUGCCGAAAGCUGCUAGGUCUUACGAGUAAAGACAUGAUCGUUCCAGAUGGAUUUCGAGUCCCGGGCACCAAUCUACAGGUCGACCCUCUAGAGGGAGCGUUCGAUUUUGGAGUGCUUAUACGCUACUUGGAUCAUAAUGAUGCGUUGGGAGGGGCGGAAUGGGGUCAUCCAUCAGACAAUAUCGCAACCAUCUUGGCUGUUAUGGACUGGUCGUCGCGCAUGGCAGCCUCGGGACGUCUCGUUCAUACAGGACCACCGCUGACCAUGCGGACAUUAUUGAUCGCACUGAUCAAGGCAUAUGAGAUACAAGGGUGCUACCAAAUGCGCAAUGCAUUCAAUGCGUACGGCAUCGACCAUGUGGUAUUGGUCAAACUGGCUUCGGUUGCCGUCGUUUCUUGGCUACUGGGGCUCACAGAAGAGCAGACCAUGGCAUGCAUCUCUCACGUCUGGAUGGAUGGGCAGCCCACGAGGGUAUACAGAGUGCGCGAUAAUACGAUUCCACGGAAAGGUUGGGCUGCAGGAGACGCUGCGCGGAGAGCUGUACAGCUUGCUCUUUAUGUCCAAGCGGGCCAGCCAGGUUCGCCGGGAGCUUUGUCCUCCAGACCGUGGGGGUUUUGGGCUCGAACAUUUGGAGAAACGGGCUUCCAGUUUGCUCGACCAUUUGGUACAUGGACAAUCCAAAACGUGCUAUUCAAGGCCAUGCCGGUGGAGGGACAUGCCGUAUCUGCGGUGGAAGCGGUCCUGCUCCAAAUGCGUCGCUGCAAAGAAAUAGGAUUGUCGAAUCCCAUGCAAGACAUAAAGCGGAUCGACUUGCGCACUACGGCCGCAGCCGAUUUGAUCAUCAACAAAAAAGGACCAUUGCGCAAUGCUGCAGACCGUGAUCAUUGCAUUCAGUACGUUGUUGCUUUGGCAUGUUUGAAGGGUAGUGCGCCUGAGGCUGUCGACUAUCUCGACACAAGCCCAUGGGCGACCAAUGAAGAUCUGAUGUACUUGAUGGACAAAAUCACGGUUUCACCUGACCCGGUGCUGACCCAUGAUUAUUUGGACCUGGACAAAAAGAGCUUGGGGACGGGUGUCACAAUCCAUCUCAAGAACCAAUCGGUUCUUCCGGAGAUACUCGUUGAGUAUCCUCUCGGACAUGUGCGAAAUCCCAGGACGAACGCGUUUCUGGAAGCCAAAUUCUCACAAAACAUGGCGCGGAUGUUCUCUGCGAGAGAAACUGCCCAGAUCGCGGGAGCAGUCCACCGUCCUGAUCUGCAAGUAACGAGUUUCGUGAAUUUGCUUGCGCGUCCGGCAGACCAACCAAAACUGUAA